AUGAUGAACUCCAACUCCAACUCCAUCUCCAAAAAGUCCACAAAAACCACGAAAGUAGUCAUGUUCCCUUGGCUCGGUUACGGCCACAUCAGCCCCUUCCUCGAGCUCGCCCACAAAAUCACCUCACACAACGACCGUUUCAAGGUCUACCUCGUCUCCACCAUCGCCACCCUCUCGUCCGUCGAGCACAAAGUGCUCGACCGCUCAAUCAAACUCCUCCCUAUCCUCCUUCCCGCCACUCCCGACCUCCCGCGCUCUCUCCACACCACCAACGGCCUCCCUCCCAGCCUCAUGCCAAGCCUCAAAACCGCCAUGAACUCCCCCGACACAAUUUCCAAAUUCUCCGAGAUCCUCUCAGACCUCAAACCCGACCUCAUAAUCUACGACUUUCUCCAGCCGUGGCUCCCGGCCCUCGCCCGUGACCUCAGCAUCCCGGCCGUCCAAUUCGUCACGAGCAGCUGCACGAUGGCUAGCCUCAUGUGCCACUAUUUCAAGAACCCAGCCGGCGACCUACCCUACCCCUUCCCGGAAAUUCGCUUCCGUGACUACGAAUCCCGAGAGCUCGAAAAAAUGCUCGAGUGCGCCAAACACCCGACCGACCGGGACAUGGUUUUCCGUGGGAUUGAGGAGUCGUGCGGGAUCGUCUUGGUGAAGGGAUUUCGGGCCAUGGAAGGCCCGUACAUGGACUACGCGGGCUCUCUCCUCGGGAAACGCAUCGUCCCGGUGGGCCCGCUCGUCGAAUUUCCCGACCCGAAAAAAUCAUCAUCCGACCGGCAAGGCUCGGAGAUCCUGUCGUGGCUCGACUCCAAGGAGAGGAAGUCGACGGUGUUGGUCUCCUUCGGGAGCGAGUACUUUUUGUCGAGGAGCGACAUGGACGAAAUCGCCCUCGGCCUCGAGCUCAGCGGCGUCAACUUCAUAUGGGUAGUCCGGUUCCCGAAGGACUCGGGGCUCAACGGGCACGCGCUCGUCCGGUCCCUUCCGGAAGGGUUUCUCGAGAGGGCCCGCAGGUCGGGGCGUGGCAGGGUCGUCGAGGGGUGGGCCCCACAAGCCAAGAUUCUCUGCCACGAGAACAUCGGGGGGUUCGUGAGCCACUGCGGGUGGAACUCGGUUAUGGAAAGCGUGACGUUUGGGGUACCCGUGGUGGCCCUGCCGAUGCACCUUGACCAGCCGGUCAAUGCUCGUCUGGUGGAGAAUGCCGGAGUCGGAGUCGAGGUGCUCCGGGAGGCUGACGGGAGGCUGCGAGGGGAGGUGCUGGCGGAGGCAGUCCGGCUGGUGGUGGUGGAGGAGGGAGGAGAAGGGGUGAGGUGGGCUGCGGCGGCGAUGCUGGCCGGGCUUGCCGCGAAGAAGGAUGAGGAGAUUGAUGAUGUGGUUAGAGAGCUAACUGGCCUUUUGGGGAAGAACUAG